CUGUUCAGUCUAAGUUGGGAUUUGAAGGUUCCAAGAUGCGUUCAGCUACCGUGCUACUUGUGGCAAUCGCCGUUCUCCUAGUUUCGGGAUACGAAGCUGCCGUUGCCCGGGGCGUCUUCAAGGAUCCAGCCCAUCCUGGAAAGUGUGUUAUCGAGGGUUUGGUUCUCGAAAAAGGUCAGAGUGCACGCCACCCACAGAGGUGUGAGCGAAUCAUAUGCGGAGAAAAUAGUGCGGCGGAGGUACACACAUGUGGUGCCUAUGGACUUCCUCCCGGGAAGAAGUUUGGAAAGUACGUUACCCCAAACGCAGAUUACCCUGAUUGCUGUAAUCGAGAGAUUAUAAACCAGUAACCCCGUUUUGAAGUAAACGAAAUUGAGCUCGAAUCAAUAAAAACAUUAUAAAUCAAGACAAAUAAAUAAAAUAACUAAUUGUGAAUAUUAAAAACACCA